AUGUUACCUCUAAUCACUCUCGAGGAACACUUUCUUUCCUCCGCAGUGCUUGCCGCCCAACAAGCAAGCGGAACCCCUGACCCAUUUGCAGGGUUCCCAGUUCAAAUCUCCAGGAAACUAAAAUCUCUUGAUAAUGAACGGAUAAAGGAUAUGGAUGAUGGAAACAUUUCUCUACAAAUCCUUUCUCAUGGUCCUAUGGAUCAUGCUCCUCUUAAAUUGUGUCAAGAAAUCAACGAUGAACUCGCAGCUGCCAUCUCCAAGAAUCCUUCCCGUCUAAAAGGCUUCGCAACCCUGCCUAUGGGAUCGCCUUUAGAAGCCGCUCAAGAGUUAGAUCGUUGCAUUAAUGAACUCGGUUUUGUGGGUGCGUUAAUUGAUAAUCACCUUGAUGGCGAAUUCUACGACGAUGAGAAAUUCUGGAGUGUUUUCGAAAAAGCUAGUGCUUUGGAUGUACCUAUCUAUAUUCAUCCCAAUUUCACAGCUGAAAAAGAUAUGAGUAAAUAUCGCGGGAAUUAUCCAGAGGGUAUAGCGAUGGCGCUUAGUAAUUGGGGACUAGGGUGGCAUUUCGAUACCGGGCUUCAUUUUUUGCGUCUCUAUGCUGCGGGAGUGUUUGAUCGGUUCCCGAAGUUGAAAAUUGUGUUGGGGCAUAUGGGGGAGCUUUUGCCGUUUAAUUUGGAGAGGAUAUUUAAGGUAUCGGGGAGAUGGGGAAGGGAGAGAGGAUUAGAAAAGGUUUGGGAGGAAAACUUGUGGGUUACUACUAGUGGGAUGUUUUCGUUGGCGCCGUUGGCGUGUUUGGUGCAGACGAAAGGGAAGGAUAAGAUUUUGUUUAGUGUUGAUUAUCCGUUUUCGGAGAAUGAGAGGGGGAGGGAGUUUGUAGAGAGGGUGGUUGAGAGUGGACUUUUUGGGGAGGAGGAUUCGAUGGAGAUGAGGGGGUUUGCGUUUGAGAAUGCGGAGAGGUUAUUGAAGGUUAAGGCGAAGGAGUGA